AUAUGCCACUUCUAGCGACCUCUACAUAACGCUGUCAGUAUAACGCUCAACAAAAGAUACAAGUCAUCACACAAAAUUCUCGCAAUGGCUGAAGUUGAUGUUAUUAUUCCCGAAAAGGAUGAGGUUGCCGAUCUAAAAGCCUCAAAGGACGUUUCACACAGUACACUUGAAGAUUUAGAUACCGAAGAUCUUUAUGUGAAAUUGAAGAAACUUCAGAAGACAUUGGAAUUUUUGGAAGUGCAAGAAGAGUACAUCAAAGAUGAACAAAGGAAUUUAAAGAAAGAAUACUUGCACGCGCAAGAAGAAGUGAAGCGCAUUCAAUCAGUGCCACUGGUUAUCGGACAAUUCUUGGAAGCUGUGGACCAAAACACUGGUAUUGUCGGCUCUACAACUGGUUCAAAUUACUAUGUACGAAUUUUGUCUACAAUCGAUCGUGAGCUAUUAAAACCAUCAGCCAGUGUUGCUUUGCACAAACAUAGCAAUGCUCUCGUUGACGUUUUGCCACCAGAAGCAGAUAGCUCCAUUUCAAUGCUACAGCCAGAUGAAAAGCCAGACAUCUCAUAUGCCGAUAUUGGUGGCAUGGAUAUGCAAAAACAAGAAAUUCGUGAAGCUGUCGAAUUGCCAUUGACACAUUUCGAACUGUAUAAACAGAUUGGUAUUGAUCCACCACGGGGUGUUUUGAUGUAUGGUCCACCUGGUUGUGGCAAAACAAUGUUGGCUAAAGCAGUGGCACAUCACACAACAGCUGCAUUUAUCAGGGUGGUUGGUUCGGAAUUCGUGCAAAAGUACUUGGGUGAGGGCCCUCGUAUGGUGCGCGAUGUCUUCCGCUUGGCGAAAGAAAAUUCACCAGCUAUCAUCUUCAUUGACGAAAUAGAUGCGAUUGCAACGAAGCGUUUCGAUGCACAAACCGGUGCUGAUCGUGAAGUUCAACGUAUCCUACUCGAACUGUUAAAUCAGAUGGAUGGUUUCGAUCAAACAACCAACGUAAAGGUGAUCAUGGCAACGAAUCGUGCGGAUACACUUGACCCAGCUCUGCUUCGUCCAGGACGUUUAGAUCGGAAAAUCGAGUUCCCAUUGCCCGAUCGUCGGCAAAAACGAUUGGUAUUCUCGACAAUUACGACAAAAAUGAACUUAUCGGAAGAUGUCGAUUUAGAGGAUUACGUUGCUCGACCGGACAAAAUUUCUGGCGCUGAUAUCAAUGCUAUUUGCCAGGAAGCCGGCAUGCAUGCGGUCAGAGAAAAUCGUUACAUCGUUCUUGCUAAGGACUUUGAAAAGGGCUACAAAAAUAAUAUCAAGAAAGAUGAACAAGAACAUGAGUUCUACAAAUAAAUUAUUCACACAACACAAUCAUACUUUUUUCCAGCUGUAACCCUCAUACUAACAUACAUUUGAAUUUGAAAAGAAAAUAGUUUAAAAAAUAAAAAAUUCACUGAUAAAAUCAAA